UUUAGUAUUAAUUGUUAUUUUCGUUUGUUACAAUCGUACACUCUUCUCUCUUGUAUUUCUUGAGUUUGUUAUCAUAACAAACUGUAGUUAGUCUAACUCUGGUUAGUAACUUGGUUAACUAACCUGGUAGCUCUACGUGUAUAAAAUACCUCUUCCAAUACAUGACAUGCUCACUGAUGAGAACAAAUCAUUAUUCUUUCUCAAGUAAGAUUGUAUAAAAUACAUAUAGAUAUAUAAUAUGUGGAAGCUUAAGAUAGCAGAGGGAGGAAAUGAUUCUUACAUUUACAGCACAAACGAGUUCGUGGGAAGGCAAAUAUGGGAGUUCGACACAGAGGGUGGCACUGCAGAAGAGCGAGCGGAGGUUGAAGCCGCCCGCUCUAACUUCUACAACAACCGUUUUCAGCUCAAGGCUUGCAGCGACCUCCUUUGGCGGAUGCAGUUUCUAAGAGAAAGAGGUUUCAAACAAACAAUUCCUCCCGUUAAGAUUGAGGAUGAUGAGACGAUCACAUAUAAAAAGACUACACUUGCACUGAGAAGGGCUGCCCACUUCUUUUCGGCAUUACAAGCCAGUGAUGGCCAUUGGCCUGCUGAAAAUAGCGGCCCCUCGUUCUACUUAUCUCCUUUUGUCAUGUGCUUUUACAUUACUGGUCACCUUAAUACCAUAUUCACAAGUGAAUAUCGGAAAGAAAUUUUUCGUUAUUUAUAUUAUCAUCAGAAUGAGGAUGGUGGAUGGGGAUUGCAUAUUGAGGGUCAAAGUACAAUGCUUGGGACAACAUUUAAUUAUAUAUGUUUGCGUUUACUUGGGGAAGCACCUAAUGAUUGUCAAGAUAAUGCUUGUGCAAGAGCAAGACAAUGGAUUCUUGAUCAUGAUGGUGUAACAAACAUACCUUUUUGGGGAAAGACUUGGCUUUCGAUACUAGGAGUCUUUGAUUGGACCGGUUGCAACCCAAUGCCUCCAGAAUUUUGGAUUCUUCCUUCGUUUUUUCCAAUACAUCCAACUAAAAUAUGGUGCUAUGGUCGAUCGGUUUAUAUGCCUAUGUCAUAUUUAUAUGGAAAGAGGUUUGUCGGUCCCAUCACACCUCUUAUUCUUCAAUUAAGGAAGGAACUUUAUACUCAACCUUAUAAUGAAGUAAAAUGGAAGAAUGUUCGUCAUCAAUGUGCUAAGGAGGAUCUUUAUUAUCCCCAUCCUUGGAUACAAGAUUUUUUAUGGGAUAGUCUAUACAUAAGCAUGGAGCCUCUUCUAACUCGUUGGCCUUUAAAUCAAUUUAUAAGAGAAAAAGCUCUACAAAAAACAAUGAAGCAUAUUCAUUAUGAAGAUGAGAAUAGUCGAUAUAUUACUAUUGGUUGUGUAGAAAAGGUGUUAUGUAUGCUUGCAUGUUGGAUUGAAGAUCCUAAUAGUGACUAUUUCAAAAAACAUCUUGCAAGGAUCCCAGACUACAUAUGGAUUGCUGAAGAUGGAUUGAAGAUACAAAGUUUUGGUAGUCAAUUAUGGGAUGCUAGUUUUGCUGUUCAAGCUUUGAUUGCUUGUGACCUUGUUGAUGAAGUUGGACCAACUUUGGCAAGAGGUCACGACUUCAUAAAGAAAUCGCAGGUGAAAGAUAAUCCUUCAGGUGACUUCAAAAGCAUGUUUCGUCACAUUUCUAAAGGAUCAUGGACAUUUCUAUAUUUGAAAACCGAGAUUUCGGGAAAGUUUCAAAUUCAAGUGUUUAAUCCCAUGGAAUUUCUAGAAGAAAUAGUUAUUAAGGACGAGUAUGUUGAAUGCACUUCAGCUGCAAUCCAAGCUUUAGUACUAUUCAAGAAGUUAUAUCCAGGGCAUAGAGAACAUGAAAUUAAGAUGUUCAUAACAAAAGCUGCUCGAUAUCUUGAAAACAUACAAACACGUGAUGGUUCAUGGUACGGUAACUGGGGAGUUUGUUUCAUAUAUGCUACAUGGUUUGCCCUUGGAGGACUAACAGCCGCUGGUAAAACUUACACCAACAGUCCAACCAUACGCAACGGAGUAAAGUUUCUACUCAAAACACAAAAAGUUAAUGGUGGUUGGGGAGAGAGUUACCUUUCAUGUCCAAAAAAGGAAUAUGUAGCACUUCCAGAAAACAAGUCAAAUUUAGUACAAACGUCAUGGGCUAUGAUGGGCUUGAUUUAUGCUGGACAAGUAGAAAGAGAUCCAACUCCCAUUCAUCGUGCUGCAAAACUAAUUAUCAAUUCUCAAAUGGAAAAUGGUGAUUUUCCACAAGAGGAAAUAACUGGAGUUUUCAAGAUGAACUGUUUGCUAUAUUAUGCAUUAUAUAGAAACACUUUUCCCUUAUGGGCACUUGGAGAAUACCGUCGUCGAGUUCCACUGCAAUGCAAAGAUUAAGAAAAGCGAAUAAUGAUAUGUUCACCAAAAUAUUACACCAAUUGACGUGGUACUGUUUUUUAAAACAGUGGGUCCUGCCUAAACUAAAUUUAAUUGGUUAAAUGAAAUUAAUAUAUUAGUUGGUGUGAUGUACCUUGAAACCGAUAUAAAGAGUUAUGUAAAGCUCCUUUAGUAUUUAUGUUUAGUGAUCAUUUAUGCUUUUCAACUCUUUCAGACAUUCAAAGCAUAAACUUCACAAUUUCUAUUAAGAACUCUUUCAUCAACUCCCUAAUAAUAAUAUUCAUGUGUCUUUUUUAA